UUCUUCGGCGUUUUUUUUAUUUUUACAAACUGUAUUGAUUACGGGACGGUUGGCCUCGUUUUUGCGACCUUGUGACACUUUACGUGCAAAGCUCAAGUUUACGUCAGCUCACAGUAACGUAAGUGAAGUUGUAACGUCAACGCUAGCAGGUCGUUUUACGGCUCUUCUCAUACCCGGUUUGUUGUGUUAAUAACUAAAUAUUGCGGGUGUUUCACCGGCGUGUGUUCCUCUGAACGGUGAGCUACGGGGAGGGAGCGUUCACCCGCUUCUGGUUGUCACUGACGGGGCGCACGAGCUGUUUGGUUUAAAGGUAAAGGUAAAGUAACUCGCCCACCUGGCCGCCGGUCGCCCUCCGUGAUGUCGCCAUCCGCCCGCUGACGGCUUCCUGGACGCCGUGCGGAGGAGGAGGAGGAGGCGGGCGGCUCCGCCGACAUGCUGCAGUGGCCCGACGUCUCCAGGAGGUGGCGCCGCUGAGAGGCGAGCGGGUUCGGUGCUGAGUGUUUUUCGGGGGCCAUGGACGACUUCGCAGCCAGGACGUACGGCACCGGCGGCGGCGGCGGCGGCGGCGGCAUGGACAACAGGCCUCUGUUCGGGGAGACCUCGGCUCGGGAUCGGAUCAUCAACCUGGCAGUCGGGGGAUUCACGUCGCUGGUGGUCCUCACGACGGUGAUCAGCUCCUUCGUGUUCCCCUCGUUGCCGCCGCGGCCGCUCAACGUCUUCUUCGCCGCCUGCAUCCUGCUGACGUGCGGCUCCGCCAUCGUGCUGAUCGUCUGGUACCGGCAGGGCGACCUGGAGCCUAAAUUCAGGAACCUGAUCUACUUCAUGCUGGCGUCCAUCGUGCUGCUCUGCCUCUGUGCCAACCUCUACUUCCACGAUGUCAGGUAGAGGCGCCAGGAGGAGGAGGAGGAGGAGGAAGAGGAGGGACAUGGCCUUGACACGUGGAGAGAGACUAACUCACAAACUUUAAGGAUUUAACUUCCCACCUCAGCUGAAGCAAAACUGAAGAAUCUCGGACCAAAACCAGUGAAGCUGAACGGGUCCAGUGGGAUGAAAACUGUCACAAUGAAUUACACACAUGCACACGCACACACGCACACAGGCACACGCACACAGGCACACAGGCACACCGUGUAUAAAUCAUCACGUACUGUGAGAGGCCAUCAAUCUGCUUGGAGGAUGAAUCGGGUGUGUUUACAUGAACAUAAAUAAUAAUAAUCAUAAUAAGUAUAUAUCUAUAACAAGCUCUUACAUCUGGUUUCAUAAUUCAACAAACUCAGAGGAAACAUUUGCCCUUUUUUUGUUAUGUUGCAUUUUACAUGUUUUUUUCUCUUCCUAGACUGUCCUAAUUCUGUACUAUAUACACCUACUAUAUAUAUUUAUAUAUAUGUAAUUUACUUUGAUGUACAUCAUCUGCCAAAACUUCUCAACCAGAAAGCAAAAUAUUUUUUACAAACAUGAAAUACUUUGCACCUUCAAUUCCUUUGUGCAAUGCAUUGUGGGUAUAAUGAAUCUUUACUUUAUAUUUAAUGUGGUAUAAACUGGAAUUGGGACAGUCAAACUUUAUGCAACCUUUGAGUUAAAAUAAUGUAACGACACAACAUUGUCACUCUGUACAUUAAUUAAGCUUAAACUAACAUACAAUUAUGUAUUCUCUCAUUAAUUUAUAUGUAUGUUAUAUGUUAUAUAUAUUGAUAUUAUAUAUAUAUAUAUUAUAUAUAUAUAUAAUGUGUUUAUAUAAUCUAUAUAAAAUAUAUAUGUGUAUAUAUAAUCUAUAUUAUUAUAAUAUAUAUAUUAUAAAAUAUUUAGAGAAUGUGUAUAUAUAAUAUGUGUCAUCUCUAUGCAAUUUACAUUUUUCAAAGCUCAAAAUAUUUUUCUUUUAAGAAGUUGAAAUCCAAAAUGAAUUUUCGAAAAUAUAGUUUUUUCUUUCUUGUGUUUUAACAUGUAUGAUUUCUCGAGAAUAUCUUUUUGUUACUCAUUAAUUUUAUUAUUUUAUAGAGUUAAUUCUUCACCAGGGCAAUGUUUCCUUUAACCAUGAUGAUGUCAUCCGUGAGCAUGUACACACACACACCACCAUGUAGCACCAACUAGCUAACGCAGCUUCAGGCUUCUGUGGCAAAUAUUAUGCAAUAUUAUGUUUUUAUUUACGACUUCUUGUUUUGAUCCGAUUAUCAUUUAAUUCUUUGCCAAGAGGAAUUUUCUUUUUUAAAUGCUGCACCAAGUAUCCACUUACACUUGUCUAAAACACGCACGCACGCGCACACACACACACACACUAAAACUAACGGGGAACUAUUUGCACUGAAGCCGCACGUUCGAUCUCCACAGGGAUCCAGAUGUUGCUCUCGAUUCAUUUUGAUUUACUGAAGUCGCUUUUAAGUUCGUUUUUACAUCGAGAGAAUCAUAAUCAUAAUAAUUUUAAUUAUAAUCAUGGAGCUCGGCACAAACUGGAAUUUAGCUCCAAUUUAAACUCGAAUUAUUUUGUUUUCUCCAUUCAGUGUUUUGUGGGUUGAGAGAAAGAAAGAAAAAGCUCUUCCGUUUCCCCCGAAGGCCAAAAACAUGAAGAUGUUUAAAUUGACCGUCAGAUGGAAAAGAAAGAACUGAAGUCUAGAUGUUAUUCACUCACUGCCAAGAGUCUGAGUUUCACAUCUGGAACCAAUAACGUGUCAAUCUUUAAAUACUCAACGUGGUAGAAUCAUGGAGUCGGAACUCUUUUCUCUUUUCCUUGUUGCUGAAUAAACUAAAAUUAAUCUCAACCUGCCAUGACUUCAGGAUUGUCAAAGCCAAGGCGUUUAUUUUAUGGAAUAAAUAAUCAUGAACCCACAA